CAAAAUUUCAAAGGAGAGGACAAAAGAUAUGAAAAAAUUUGGAAAAUUAUUGAUGAUAGGUGGAACAUGCAACUUCAUAGACCACUUCAUGCGGCAGGGUACUUUCUUAAUCCCAAGUUCCAAUAUGAUCCAAAUUUUAACGCCGAUAAGGAAGUAAAAGUUGGUUUGUAUAUGACCAUUGAAAGAAUGUACCCAGAUAUCAAAACAAGAAUCUCUAUUGAUGAGCAACUAGAGAAGUUCAAGAGGGCUGACGGUUUAUUUUCUAUGAGCAUGACUGUGUUAACAAGAGAUAAGAAACAACCCGCUUUGUGGUAAGAAAGUUAUGGAGAUGAUUGCAAAGAACUCCAAAGAUUAGCUAUAAGGGUAUUAAGUCUCACGUGUAGUGCCACGGAAUGUGAGAGAAAUUUGAGUGAUUUUGAUCAUGUACAUUCUAAGAAAAGGAAUCGCUUGGAGCAACAAAGAUUAAAUGCUCUCGUUUAUGUGAAGUACAACAUUGACCUUGAAAUGAGACAAUUGAAAAGACAAGAAAAGAAUGAGACAUAUGAUCCAAUUUGCCUAUCGGAUAUGGAAUCCGAUGAUGAGUGGAUUAUUGAAAGUGAAGAUCCAUGUCUACCAGAAGACAACUCAUGGAUGGAUGUUCAUGAAUGUUUUCAACUUGAUGAAAGUGCAUCUUCUAGCAAAAAGAGAAAAAGAGGACCAAGGGAUUUAAAUGCUAUUAAAAAAGGCAAAGCUAAAGUUGUUGAGAUAGAUGAUGGUAUUGAAGUGGUUGAUGAUGAGGAAAUGGAAGAGGAUGAGGAAACAGAGAUGGUUGAAGUAGAAGAAGAUGAUGAUGAUGAAGAUCUUGACCUUGGAGAUAAUGAUGAUUGAAGAAAUUGACUAGUGACUACAACUAUUUUUU